CAUCUUGUCAAGUGUCGGGCUCCUAAAUUUUGGGACUGGCUUCUAGAUAUAGAUAUAUAUUUUUUUAAGUGUCAAGCCCUGUUGUACAACUCCAUGGUAAAAAUAUGAGUAAUAGUAGACUCAUGAGGGAAGCAAGCACUGAAAGUUAUACUCUGUAAGAAUAUAAUUCCAAACUUCUAGAGGGGCUGGGAGAUGGCAGAAGUCCUUUGAUACCCAUGUAACUAGAUUACUUCCUUAUAGGGUUCCCUUAAGAGGGAGUUGCUCUUUGUUUUCAUUUCCUACCUCCCUUUAAUUCUGUUCAACACUUUCAGGUUUUUACCUACCAUCCCCCUUUUAAAAAGGGAGCAAUAUUUGCUCUGGCCAGAGCAAACAGGUUGCUCCGUGAUGCUUCUUGGGUGUGUUUUCCCCCAGUCAGUAUUCUGUCUCUGCCGAUUUUUACAUCAGACUACCUUGAGAGAGAUGUGCCCCCCCCCCACAUACCUUUUGUUUUCUUUCUGAGCACGGGUGUUUGAAUACUGAGCAGGAGAGGCCCAGAAAGAAGUAAUGGCAGAGCUUGAAGCUUGCUGCUGUGUAAUGCAUGCUGCUUGCAGCCGGGUUGAGCCCUCAGAGCAAGAACGAAAGUGGCCCAAACCUGAUUCGGGCUUGCUGCCUAAGAUGCUUCAGAAUCUAGGCUGGAGUGUUGGGUUUAAUGUUUUAUGAUUAGACCUGACCAUCUUAGUACUGUGUGUUUUUGAUAUUUGAGCGUGGGAAUUCAGAGCAUUAUUGAUUUCACCUCUUUUAAAUUUCAGCAGCUUCCCAAGAGACAGAGUGAGUUAGUAAGGAUGCAAAAUAUACCCUCCGCAGGUGUUACAGUCGGGUGAAAGAGCACGGUGUUGGGAAGAGGAAAAGCAGUUACACAUUUGAACAGUUGGAACAGGUGUUUGGUCAAGGAGGAUGGGACUCUCAACCCUGCCAACCUGUGCUUAUCAACAGCAGUGGCCUCUACCAAGAGCUGGAGUCAGAUGGCAGCACGAUGGAGGAGUACUCACAGGACGAAUGGGGGAACCAUAGCCAGGAUCUCCAUUGCUACCAGUCCGGAGAACAAGAGUUGGACGAAAUGCCAGCUACGAAGAAAUCGUUGAAGAUAAAGCAGGAAUCUUCUGAAGAAUCACAGAAACGCGACAUGAUGCAGAAUAUUGUACAAAUCUUGGAAUCCGUCCAGUUAAAGUGGGAGCUCUUUCAGAGCUGGACAGACUUCUCCAGGCUCCACCUCUCGAACAAACUGGCCAUUUUUGGCAUCGGCUAUAACACGCGGUGGAAGGAGGACAUCCGUUACCAUUACGCCGAGAUCAGCUCCCAAGUCCCCCUCGGCAAACGCCUCCGGGAGUACUUCAACUCGGAGAAGCCCGAGGGCAGGAUCAUCAUGACCAGGGUACAGAAAAUGAACUGGAAGAAUGUGUACUACAAAUUCCUGGAGAUCACCAUUAGCGAAGCCCGGUGCCUGGAGCUCCACAUGGAGAUUGACUGGAUCCCUAUUGCUCACUCCAAGCCCACCGGUGGAAACAUUGUCCAAUAUUUAUUGCCAGGAGGGAUUCCUAAGAGCCCCGGGCUGUAUGCCAUUGGUUACGAAGAUUGUCAUGAGAAGCCUCACUCUCCUGAACACGAGGUCAUCAGCCAGGACCCUGACAAUGUGACGCUGGGGGAAGCGGAAAUGCCCUUACCGCAGGCCUCUCUCAAAGUGGAGAUGGAGUCCACCCGAAUUAGCUAUUGCUACCUCGGGAUUGCCGAGGUCAGGACUCUCCAGCAGUGCUUGUUCUUGCAUUUUCAGGCAAACACCAAAACCUUCAGCAAAGAGUGGGUUGGAAUCAAUGGGUUUUUAUCUCAGAACUGUAUUGUCGAUCCAGGGGUUUCGCCCAAAUCCAUCUACAUAAAAUUUGUGGAGGUGGAAAGGGACUUCCUUUCUGCUGGCUCCUUGGUAGAGUGCCUGGAAAAAGCCAUUGGAUACCCGUUGAAGUUUAACAACUGACUCUCUCGUCCUUCAUAAGGACCAGGGGUUUGUCUCCCCUGCAGCAUUCGAACUUUUUCUGGAACCUUGCAGUACAAGACUGGGCAGAAGAUGCUCUUUCUGAACGGAAGCUGAAUUUAAAAGGAAAAAGGAAAAAGCAGCAGCUUGCAGGUGAUUUUCACAAACGGCUUAUCCCAAGUCUGUAAAAUAUACAGCUUACUGGCUUGGGCCACAUAGCUGGGUUUGUAGAGCAGAGCCUGCAAGGGAGCCCUGUAAAUACGACGACUCUUAGUACAUUCCACGUUGGAUGAACGUACAUUUUGAGUUUCAUACGAAAAAGCUGUUUUCCACAAUGUCUCAUUUUUACACAUCUGUCUCUAAGUGUUAUUACAGUUACGUAAUAAAUAAGCAAUAGAUAAUGACGAGUUGAAACUUGGAGUCACAUGGGACUGUCUUUCGGUGCCACUCUUAGCUCUUCUUGUAUAUAAUUUAGCAUUUCACAGUUUUUCACCCAUCAAGUGUUUUUUACUAUUCCCAACCAGUGUUGCCUGCAAAAAACUUCUGUUUCUGUGAUGUAUCCCACUUUACUUGUAGUGUUGCCAUAUCAGCGUUUUUUUGUUUGUUUUUUGGUUUUUUACAUUAAAGUAAUCCCUGGCCUUUUUUUAAAAAAACAACCAUACAAAAACCUUUAGUUAGCCUCUUUGUGUGGCAAUGAAAAUAACUCAACCGCUGGGAAGCAUUUUAUCAAACCAUGCUUUUUAUCAAAUACAAUCAAAGCUGUGAGAAGGGGUGGGGGUGG